GCGCCGGGAAGAACGGCUAGCCCCCCAGACACUGGGUGGGCUGCGCCGUGCCGCUCGCGGACCUUCCUGGGUUGGAGAGGUGCGCACAGUCCGCACCUCACCCAGCGGCUGCCAUAUCCUACUCAGGAGAUGCGCACUGGAGCCUGAGUUCCUGAGUCUUUGGAGCCACCACCUGCGAAUGCCCUUCGCUUCUACUGAGCCAUGUCGGGCAGCCCAGUGAGAUUACUCCAGGUCUUAGAAGACCGUCUUCAAAAGCCGAAGAUGAGGUUCACACUUACACGCUGGUGCUUGACCCUCUUCUUCUUUCUGAAUCGCCCAAUUCCGGUUCUUCCUGCCACUUCAGAGGUCACCCACCCUCCAACAAUAGAGCCGGAGCCAUUUCUCUACCUUUUAGGAAAGCAGAGACUGUUGGAGGCACAGCACAGAUGCUAUGACCGAAUGCAAAAGUUACCCCCAUACCAAGGAGAAGGUCUGUAUUGCAACCGUACCUGGGAUGGAUGGUCCUGCUGGGAUGACACACCGGCUGGAGUGCUCGCCCAACAGCACUGCCCAGAUUAUUUUCCGGACUUUGAUGUAGCAGAAAAAGUUACAAAGUACUGUGAGGAAGACGGGCUUUGGUACACGCACCCUGGCAGCAACAUAUCCUGGUCCAACUAUACUAUGUGUAACGCUUUCACUCCUGAGAAGAUGCAGAAUGCAUACAUUCUGUACUACUUGGCUAUUGUGGGUCAUUCUAUGUCGAUGUUCACCCUGGUGAUUUCCCUGGCGAUUUUCAUGCUUGUUAGGAGCCUUAAGUGCCAAAGGGUGACUCUGCACAAGAACAUGUUUCUGACUUACGUUCUGAAUUCUAUCAUUAUCAUCAUCCACCUGGUUGAAGUUGUGCCCAACGGAGAGCUCGUGAAAAGGGAUCCGCCGAUCUGCAAGAUUUUGCACUUUUUUCACCAGUACAUGAUGUCGUGCAACUAUUUCUGGAUGCUCUGUGAAGGGGUCUAUCUUCACACACUCAUCGUGGUGUCUGUGUUCGCUGAGAGACAACGCAUGUGGUGGUAUUAUGUCCUGGGCUGGGGGCUCCCGCUGGUGCCAACCACUGCCCAUGCUAUCGCAAGGGCACUGCUAUUCAAUGACAACUGCUGGCUGAGUGUGGACACCAACCUGCUUUACAUCAUCCAUGGUCCUGUCAUGGGGGCAUUAGUGAUCAACUUCUUCUUUUUGCUCAACAUCGUCCGGGUGCUUGUGAAGAAAAUGAAGGAAUCCCAGGAGGAGGAAUCGCACAUGUACCUGAAGGCGGUGAGGGCCACUCUGAUCCUGGUGCCCCUGCUGGGGGUCCAGUUCGUCGUCCUUCCCUGGAGACCUUCCCACCCAGUGCUUGGAAGGAUCUACGACUACGUGAUGCACUCUCUGAUUCACUUCCAGGGACUCUUUGUUGCCGUCAUUUACUGCUUCUGCAACCACGAGGUCCAAGCUGCUCUGAAGCGUCAAUGGAACCAAUACCAAGCCCAGCGCUGGAGUGGCCGCCGCCGCGCCAACCGUGCCGCCAACGCUGCCGCCGCCACUGCUGCUGCCGCUGCCGCCCUGGCUGAGGCUCCUCAGAUGCCUGUCUACAUCUGCCAUCAGGAGCCAAGGAACGAGCCCACCAACAACCUAGGCGAGGAGGGGGCUGAGGUCACCGCUAUGGAGGGGGUUGAGGUCAUCGCUAUGGAGGGUGAUGAGGUCAUCGUUACGGAGGGGGCUGAGGUCAUCGCCAUGGAAAUCAUCGAGCAAGAGUCAUCCGCUUGAAUCUGACGCAAAUACAGCAUCGUGAUCACUG